UCUCAUACAUAUACCGUGCCUCUAACUUUAAUAAAUUGAAUACCGGCGCAUGAAUUUAUAAACGAACUCUACUGUUUAUAAAUAACUUGAUGUACAGGGGCGACGCUUUGCGACAAACUCAAGUCUCAGCUCUUCGUUUCUUUGCCGCAGAAGAGAAAGUCCUUUACGUUGUUCACAUUACGUUAUUAACAUAGGAGUAAGUAUGAAAUCUCUACUUGAUCUGAACGACGACUGUCUCAUAGAAAUAUUCAAAUACCUCAGCCUUGUGGAAGCGUUUAAAGUAAUCGAUGUGCGCAACACACGUCUUGCGGAAAUCGCACAUCAAAGAAUUUCAACAUUCAAGGAGCUCAAUAUUACAAUACGAGAAUUCCCGAAUUUCAACGCAGAGCAACUGCGAAUAAUAGGUGAAAAUAUAUACAGUAUUAGCAUUACUUGCGGAUACUCAAUACCAACACAAAAUGUGUUAAAUAUAAUACAGCCGCUCUGCAAAGGAGCUGCCGCUACUAAGCAAUUGCGUGUGUUUUCGCUAAAUUAUGUAUAUUUUAAUAAAGAAUACUGUCAAUACAUCGGCAACGCGGCGGCAAAGUUACAAAAGCUCAAUUUGAAUUAUUGCCAACUAACGGACAAACUUUUAACAGACUUACUCAAGAGCUGUAACAAUUUAUUAGAACUAGAAAUAUUGGGCAAUUACACGUUGAACGGCGAGUUUUUGGACAAACUUCACUUACCUACCUUGCGAGUACUCAAAUUGGAAUUGCAACCGGAGUGGAACUAUCCCAUGGAGAAUUUUAAAAUUAAAAACCCCAAUGUUAAAUUGAUAAUAUAAGACGCUGGAGUCUUAGAUA